ACUAAAUUAUAUCGGGAACCCUUGUCGCAAAUUGCAGUGCUAGCUGCACUAGGAGUACAAAUCCCUAGUACAGCGUAGUACUCCAGUCGCCGGCUCGCCGCACACCAUCGCCCAUCAGACCCUGCCGCCGCGGUCUCUUCUCGAGGCCUCCCGUUCCCUCUUCCCGGCGAGCUAGCGCACCGCGCGGGAGAGAAAGGAGAGCAAAAAGGAUGGGCGGCGGCGAGUGCAGGAGCAACGACUACGGCGCCGCCGCCUACUGGGACGCCCGCUACUCCUCCCCUUCCCCCUCCUCCACCGCCACCACCGGCGGCGGCGGCGGCGCGUUCUUCGACUGGUACCAGGCGUACCCGGCGCUGCGGCCGCUGCUCCGCGCCCGCCUCCCCGCCUCCUCCCGGGUCCUCAUGCUCGGGUGCGGCAACUCCCUUUUGUCGGAGGACAUGGUGAAGGAUGGGUACGAGGAGGUAGUAAACGUGGACAUUUCAUCCGUAGUCAUUGAGCAGAUGAGGGAGAAACACGUUGAUAUUCCACAGCUUACAUAUUUCCAGAUGGAUGUUAGGGACAUGAGUUUGUUUGGUGAUGGAACAUUCGAUUGUGUCCUUGAUAAAGGUACAUUGGACGCUAUGAUGUGUGGCGAUGAUGCUCCUCUUGGUGCUUCCAAAAUGCUAGCAGAAGUGGCAAGGAUUCUUAGGCCUGGUGGGAUCUACAUGUUGAUAACAUAUGGUUGUCCUAAGGAACGAGUGCAACUUUUGUACCAAUCUGGAAGCCACAAAAAAAUUGAACUGUACAUUAUGCCCACACCUGGAUACCAGUUGAAAUGGAGCAAAGGUGUUUCACUUGCACAACCUAUCAUGGAGGAAGUUUCAUUGACAGUGGAUGGUCAAUUACCACCUGACUAUGUUCUUAAAGAUCCAGAGUCACAUUUUAUUUAUAUUUGCAAAAAGCCAGAUGCCGCUAAUGAAGCUAAUUCUGUGGUUGCUAAUGAAGGGGAAACCAUAACUUCAAAAUGAUCUUUUGUAUCCUUAAUUUGCAUUUUGUUUUGGGUUGCUGACGAGCCUUGGAUAGUAUGUGCUCAUAAUAAAUUUUGUCAGAUGUUACUGUUGGAUGAAAAUCACGACCCUCUUUAGCCGCCUGGGGCCCCAAAGGUUGCCAAUCUGUGCUCGAUAUUUCUUCUCGGAACUUGGAAGAUGUGACACAAAAUUCAUAUGUAUUUCAAUAUGCUUUGGAAGGGGCCAGCUGAGUUGUGUUAAGUUUGUUUAAAACGACUGAGUUCCUCUUUAUAUCGACACCCAUAACAUCAGAGUGAUUUUGAUGUGAUCUUGUUAUUCUGAGAUGGAUCAUGGAACACUGCAUGUCUGUAUGCAGUGUAUAUGGAAUGAUAUUAUGGCUGUGUUUA